GUUUUUAUUAAAUAUCCAAGAACUGAUUAACUGUAGGAUUUCAGCAAUUUUACAAGCUUAUAUACAGAAAAUCGCUUGUUAAAUAAUGCAGCAGAUAGAUGACUUCAGGAGUUCGGACAUGACAAGGAGCUGAUAUACACUGGACACUUGCUGGAGGGUUGAGACAAUACAAGCACUGUUUCUUGCACUGAAAUUACCAUACGCUAUAAAGUAGUUUCGGUAGAAUGUGCUAUCAUUUUACUGAUCAGUUUCGAACAAACUCUUUUAAAACGUUAUUAUUUUUUCUGUAGAUGUAACAAGUCAUGCAUCAGAUUACAUUGAAGGUUCACAGAAAAUGACCAAUUGUGAAGUAUUGUUUUUAUCAAGUUUAUUUGCAGCAGGUGUGAAGGCUUCAACAUGGAUCCCCUCAUCAAAGCAUCGCUUCUUCGCACUUUUGGCUUUAUUUUUUGGGUCUUCCUUAGCACUUGGGUGUUUGUUUUAGUGGAGGAUACGGAGAAAGAUGACAGAAAAGAAAAGGUUGAAUUGUUACGCUCUCUGUACCAUUCUAUGACAUUGAAAUAUAACAUGACCGUAGAGGAUUUUAAUAACUUUUCCAGUGUCGCCUAUGAGGCCUUAAGCGAACCUAAACCACGGUGGUCUUUCUUUAAUACAUUUGAUUUCGUGUUACAAGCUGUUACGACUAUAGGCUAUGGAUACAUCACCCCUCAAACAGCCGCAGGACAGAUGUUGUGUAUUUUCGUCUCUUUACUUGGGAUUCCCAUCACAAUGCUCACAUUAAAAUCCGCCGGUGAGCUCAUUGCUGAACUCGCAAACACAAUUGUCACAAGAUUUGAAAAGAAAAUCCUUAAAAAAGAGGAACCACAAAAAGUUAAAACAAAGAGUGCUGUGAUCUUAUUUUCGUUCAUGGUGUUGUUAAUAGUGGGAAAUGGCCUGUUAUCGACGUUACUUCAAGGUUGGACUUUCGUCCAAGGAGUGUACUACUGGUUUGUGACACUGAGCACGAUCGGUUUUGGUGACUACGUUAUAAGUAGAGAAACCCCAAUCAUCAAUAUCACGGGUCCCAAACUCGACAACGAAUUAGAUGAUCUAGGGCAAGCCAGUUCGAAAGUGGUUAUCAGUAUAGUUUUUAUACUUCAUACUCUAUUAGGCUUAUGCAUUGUCUCCAGUGUACUAAAUGCUAUCAUGGUGGCCAUGGAGGAAGUAAAAUUACGCCCACGGUGCCCUGGUUGUGUACCACGAAAAACUCAGGACCUCGUACAGACUCCAAAGCAGCUUGAUGACGUUAAUAUGACAUCUUUAAGCACAGAAAAUGUUAGAUUCUGAACUGAAAACAUGGAAUCAGUCAAUUACUAACCUUAAGUGAGAAGUGAGAGCCUUAGCGUGGCUCAGCAGUUUUGAUUUUGAUUUUGAUAUUGCUGUCGAUAACCGCUAACAUCGAAUUCUGAAUUUGACUCACGCUUUUAAUUCACAACUCUUAGGGACGUAACUGCAACGUCUUAGGAGUACAUGGGACCUGGUCUUUACUUUAUCCUAUGACGCUGAAGCGGAAUAACGUGUAUACUGCCGGCUUAAAAUAUGGAGGAUACUUGCUCAUUAUCUUUGUUAACCUAUGUCAGAAAUAAUCAUUGAAAAAGGUUUAGAAAACAGUCCUAAGAAAAUACGCGCGCUGUUUCAAUCUAACACCAACGAA